CGGUACCUUGUAGCGGUCGACCCGGCGGGUGCGUGUGGCCCGUUUUUUUCACCAGGUCAGGGUUAAAUUGGGUCAACCCGCGGGUUGACAACCUUGGUAGCCGUGAACUCGCAUCAGGCAUGCUGCCCGCCUGAAGCAUAAGAAUUUGCUGCGGCGGUCGACGAAGAGCAGGAGCCUUUUUCCACGCAAAAUAGUGAGGAGGGCAGUUAUUGACGAAAUUCGUGAGGUGGACGGCCGGGAGAAAGGAGAGCGGAAAUGGAGAAGGUGCGAAUGAACACGGCCGAUGUGGCCGCAGAGGUCAAGUGCUUGCGGCGGCUCAUCGGCAUGCGUUGCUCCAAUGUCUAUGAUCUUUCUCCCAAGACGUAUGUUUUCAAGCUGAUGAACAGCAGCGGAGUAACGGAGUCCGGUGAGAGCGAGAAGGUUCUGCUGCUAAUGGAAAGCGGCGUUCACUUGCAUACCACAGCUUAUGUUCGGGAUAAAAGUAAUACUCCUUCGGGGUUCACGCUUAAGCUGAGGAAGCAUAUACGUACAAGGCGCCUAGAGGAUGUGCGGCAGCUUGGAUAUGAUAGGAUUAUUCUAUUUCAAUUUGGGAUUGGUGCUAAUGCGCACUGUGUGAUAAUGGAGUUGUAUGCUCAAGAGAACAUCCUUCUCACUGAUCCUGACUUUCAAGUUCUCCCUCUUCUCCGAUCACAUAGAGAUGAUGAUAAAGGGAUUGCAAUUAUGUAAAGGCACCGGUAUCCUACUGAAAUUUCUCGAGUGUGUGAGCGAACAACUGCUAUAAAGUUGAAGGAUGCUCUUACACGUGUUGCAACACCUGAGGACACUGGUUCUGCUAAAAUGGAUGGUGGUGAAGCUCAAGUUACUGAUAACCCCAUAAAGGAAAAGCAGGGUAAGCUAAAAGGUGGCAAAGCUUCUGAGUCGAAAAAAAAAUUCUGAUCAAGGGAAUUGUGCCAAACAAGUAACACUGAAGACUGUUCUUGGGGAAGCAUUGGGUUAUGGUCCUCAACUAUCUGACCAUAUGAUAUUAGAUGCUGGUCUAGCUCCAAAUACAAAACUUUCUGCAAGUAACAAGCUAGAUGAAGAUGCAAUACAGGUUUUGCUUGAGGCUGUCAAAAGGUUUGAAGAUUGGCUACAAGACAUUAUUUCAGGUGAAAAAAUUCCAGAGGGGUACAUUUUGAUGCAAAAGGACAAUGUUGGCAGAAACAGUGCACCAUCUGAAUCUGGUGGUCAUAUCAAGGUUGCUUCUGUUUUAUCCAUAAGUUUCUCAUCUUCAUGCAUGCAUCCAGUGCUAAUGCUUCUCUUUUUUCUCUCCUUAUUCUCGGCCAUUCAGUUACUAACAGAAGGUGCAGAAGACAUAGAUGGUUUAUGCUAUCUCUAACUUUGAGUAUCAAGCUUAAUUUAGGGAAAAGGAAAUUAUUAUGAUAAUUCAUAUGGGUUAGAGCUAGUGCAGAAGAAAUAUAGUCUUAGGUAUUGCUGCUUGAAACUCACAGUUUAGCUAUCCACUGCAGAUGUAUGACGAGUUCUGCCCAAUAUUGUUAAACCAGUUCAAAACAAGGGAACAUGAGAAGUUCGACACAUUUGAUGCAGCACUAGAUGAGUUUUAUAGCAAAAUUGAAAGUCAACGAUCAGAGCUUCAGCAGAAGGCAAAAGAAGACUCUGCUGUUCAAAAAUUAAAUAAGGUACGCACAGAUCAGGUCUGUAGAUUACCUCACUUUGAUGUAAAGCGGAUGGAGAUUGUGUUUUUUGUUAUUCUGUUGCCACUUUAGUCAUGUUUGCUAUAUUGCAAACUCCAAUUGCAUUUUAAAGUAUUUCUUGUGGUGUUAUGAUAGAUGAAAAUACUGUUUUAUUUCAACAUGUGCAUAAAUCAAUAACUUUACUUGAUUUCACCCACAUGUCUGAUCUCAUAAUCCAAUAGAGGUGAUAUGUUAAG